CCCGCCUCCUCCCUGCGGUGAUUGGCUGGUGUAGGAGACCGUGUGUGGAUUGGUUGAGGCCACUGUCACUCCGGUGUGGUGGUGGUUGUUGUUGUUCGUUGAGGAUGUCGGUGCCAACUGAGUCUCCAGGGACGGGUUCCUACUCGGACUGGUUCUGGUGGGAGGAGGUGUCCAACGGAUUAUACCUCAUCCGUGAGCGCUUCUUCGAGGCAGGGAAGCGGGCUAACAUUUGGCUGCUACAGGGCUCUCAACGGGACCUGGUGAUAGACACAGGCCUGGGCCUGAGGAAUCUGCCCAACUACCUCAUGUCCGUCGGCCUCAUAGGCACCAAGCCGGUUCUGGCUGUGGUCACUAACAUCCACUUCGACCACUCGGGAGGUCUGCACCACUUCGACAGAGUGGCAGUGCACAGAGCGGAGGCGAGCGCCUUGAUGCGGGGAGACAACUUCGAAACAGCGACCUGGCUGUAUGACUGGGAGGUUAAAAGGCCCCCUCACCGGGGCUGGAGAGCCAAAAAUUAUAGGGUUCAGUCUGUGGCCCCUGACCGGAUACUAGACGAUGGUGACAUUAUUAAUCUUGGAAACCGUCAGCUCACUGUUCUACACAUGCCUGGUCACUCCAGAGGUAGCAUCUGCCUUCAUGACCAGGAGAACCGCAUUCUUUUUAGUGGAGAUGUAGUAUACAAUGGAACUCUGAUUGACUGGCUCCCUUCCAGCGAUAUUAGUGACUACAUUCAAAGUUGCAAACGUCUAAUGACUCUAGUGGACAACAAUCUUGUGGUAAAAGUGCUGCCAGGCCAUUUUGACCCCUUUGAUGCUGAAAGACUUUACAAUUUGGCCUCAAGUUACGUUGCUAAUGCUGGUGUGUGCCAUAAAAUUACGUCAUGUGGUGCAAGAUACAUUGCAAGUCUAACCCUUUGGUGGAAGAAUUAUGGUAAAUGAGUGGAUCAAUAAGACAGGUAGUACAAAUAUUAGCUGCGUUUAAGUUUACAGGUUUCUUUUAAAUAAGAUUGCAAGAGGAAGGAAUGUAUCUGUAAAUCAAAUGAUGUACUGUUCUUGGGUAGUUUUCAAUUAAAACUUGCCAUUGGAGGACGCUGUUUCUGUAACCACCUAAGCAUAAGUAGGAGUAAUUUGAUGAAGCAAAAAUUCUACACAACAAUAACUUAGUAAAGUAAAUUAUGGUUAUAUUCUUUGUGAAAGUAUAAAAACAAACGUUUAUUUAACAAAACAUUCUUUGUAAAUUGCAUACAGUAGGUCAAUUUUACAUUUUAUGAAUGACAGCCCUGAAAAUUAGUCUAAGAAAACUCUUGAAUUUUUUUGUUUUCACUUCUCCUUUGAAUUUUUUAAAAAUUUUGGGCUGUUUAUUUUUUGAAUAGUAGAUUGAAUACAUUUAAUUCCCUAAUGGGAGCUCAACUGAAAUGAGUCUCGCCUGUUUUUCUCCUGGUAAAUGGAAAUAAUUAUAAAAAUGCCUGCUUAAAUUUUACUCACUAUUUGUACACCCACCCCAGUCAUAUCAAAUAAACUGCUCUCAAGAGGGGAAGGAAAAACGUCCUUGGUUUUAUACCAAUGUUAAGAAAGAGGUGAAGAUGAUCGCUAGCCAACAUAUGAUAAUGGAAUAGAACAGUUGUGGUUCUAGUCAAAUAGUUCUUCCGUGUUGAUUUCUCAACUGGUUAAGCAGCAUACCAAGAAUAACCUUGUAUGAUAAACAGCAACCAUGAAUGGCAUGAUACAGCGAACUUUACACACAGGUAGGCCCCUUCUAACAACAGUAUUUAGGUAAAUUAUUUUAUGUAGGGAAAUAAUAAUGCAAGAAAAAUUAGGGUUGAAUUAGCUCUGCUCUGCCAUUGAAGCUUACUUGCCCAGUCUAUUAAUUCAUUAUUUGCUGAGUAAAUAAUUUUGCCUCAAUCAGUUCUAAACUUCUUCAUUUUUUAUGUUCUUUGUUACUGAUUUCUCAUCUUUAAAAAAUUUACGUUUAUGUGAUAAGGUUACUCCUCUUAACCUUGUACUAGACAAGUGAAACUUCUAUCCUUUUACCAAUAUGCAUGCAGUAGAGUAUCCUUUUGAUCAUAGUUUCACAACAGGGUUGACGGACUUUGUGGAUUUGCAGUAGGGUAAGCUGUGUUCAUGAAUGUUUCAAACUGGCCUUUGCUACAACCCCUAAUUGUAGCAUUUAUCCUAUAAUGUUGGAAAAGAAGGAGGGUUGUUUUCACGAGAUAAGGUUUGCUAAUAGAACAAUUAUAGUCAGUACCAUAUUUUGUGCCGAAUAACAAGGUCCGGUAGUCACUGUCAAAAUAAAAUGUAAUAGCAUCUUUUAUAAUGCAAGUGCAUCUCUGCAUAGUAGAUUCAAGGCUGCAAUUUAUAAUUUUUAAUACAACACUAUUUCUGCAGAUUGUCUGGGAAGAGCUCUGUGGUGUUAAUUUAUAUAUGCAUGGAGCUCUGCUUUUGGUAAAUAAAUUUCACGUAAAUUAGGUAUGGGCAGAAUGUUUACAUUCAAGCACUUAAAUAAGCUCUACUUCAAUUUAUAGUAUGAAGUGUCAAAGAGAUAAUGGAUCGUCCAUGCAUGAGCUAAGGUUUAAUUGAGGAAAAACUGGAGUCAUACUCCAUGUAGUGUCUAAUAAAAUGUUAUGAUAUUGCACACUGUUUAGUUCAGCCUACCUAUGAUUCCUGUUUUCUGGUUCGAGAGAAGCAAAGUUCCACUUCAAUUUUGAUUACUAUUCUGCAAAUAUCUUGCAUAUGUGCUAACCUCUAUUGUUCUGGAUAAAGCAUUUCAUUUAUUUUUCUCCAUUGUUAGGAUGUUUAAAGUGAAACACUUUACAGUUGUAUUUUUAAGUCUUACAUUGCCAAUUUUAUUCAUUACACAUUUAUGCACCUCUUUACUGGUUGUACAUUCUUAGUGUUAAAUUUAAUUUGGUAAACAUUUUGCUCUUUGAAUUACCAGUCUAUAUUUUGCUGUGUAGUUUUUUCCACUCAUUUUGGUUUUCUUUAGUGAGUCAAGUUUGACAUGAUGACAAAUAAAAGGGAUCAAAAGGAAUCUUGGGGAUCUUUGGAAUAUCUUAAUUUUGAGGCAGUGGAAAAAAAAGUGCAAUUAAUUAAUUGAUUUUGACAUUAGAUUAAAAAAAAAUUCAUGCAAAUGAAAUAUUUAUAUUUUCCCUCUUGAUUUCAAUUUUUAUAUUUCCAACAAGUGAUGCAAUUGGAUCAAAUAUAUUGUCAGUAUUUUUUUUCUGAAAGUUGUAUGUUUCUUGUUGUAUUUUAAAAUUUGCGUCUAGCUUUUUAGAAUUUAAUUGUUACCCAAACUGGAAUAAAUGGAGCAUAAUUUGAAAAUGACAGGAUUCAAUUCCAAAUCAUGGGGUUAUUAUACUUCACCUCCCCAUUUGCUCAUGAGUUAUCCAUGCAAAAUGUACGUCAUAUGUACAUAACAUUAGGAAUUAAAAGCUGCAGCCAAAAGAUCAACAGAAGAGUACUCUGGACAUGAGUGCUGCAUCAGUAUUCCUUCUAGGGAUAAAAAGAGAACAGGUUUCUCAAGUUUAAAAACAAUGUUUUUCCUCUUGGAUAAACUGAUUAUAAUAAAUAAUCAUUUUUAGCACAAUAGUUCAGCCUUUUUAAUUUCACUCAAAGGAUGUGGGCAUUGCUUGCUAGGCCAAAAUUUAUUGAUCCAACAUUUAUAGUAGUUCUUAUAAUACUGAUAUCAGUUUCUAAAUUUGUUUAAUCUUUUCCUGCUCAUUCUAAAAAUGUUGCAGUUUCUGUUAUCAUUUGUAUUCAAUGUGGAUCUAACAAAAUAAAUAUUUUCCCAUGUAGUAAAUGUGACUAUCCAUUGCACACACCUUGCCACUUCCGCCCAGCCAAUCCAAAAAGUACUGUUAGCGUUUAGGUAGGUAAUGCUUGGCAACCAGAUGUUGAAAAAGCAUAAGUUAUGCUUAGAAUAUAUUUAUGAAAAGGAUGGUGGGGGCCAGGUGGAGGUACUUCUGCUUUGGUAUAGUGGAUGUAGAGACUGCUGCUAUAUUUUGAGCCGUGUGAACCAGGAGAGUGCUGAGGUAAAAAUGUAAGCUUUCAAGGUACAAUAAAUACACCCAUUCUGUCUCUUUCCUGCUAUUUUGGAAAUUACAAUUGAGGAUUUGUUUCUUCAAGAUCUUUGUCCUUAUGGUAUUGCGGAGAUACAGGAUCCUUGCUAUAUCAACCAAUUGAUAUUUUGUUAUGAUAACUCCUUUGAAGUAAUAAAAGCAAAAUGUUAUGACUGUCAGAAAUCUGAAAUAAAAGCAACGUGCUGGAAAUAUUUAGCAGAUUUGGCAUCAUUUUUGGAGGAAAAAAAUAGCUACAUUUUAUGGCAAGGGUCUUCCUCAAAGAGUCAUUUUCAGCUUGAAAUGGUAGGUGUUUUUCUCUCCACUGGUGCUGCCAGACCUGAGUAUCUCCAACAUUUUCUGUUUGUACCCUGAAGUAAUAUUUUCUUGCUUUUGUUUGAAUCUACUCUUGAUCAGCUUGUACAGAUUCCUGGAAAAACUUAUCGGAUCUGUCAGCAUCUGUGGAGAGAAAGCAGGGUUUUGGGUCCAGUGACCUUCUUAUU